CACCUACGUAGGGACGCGAUCAAAAAACGCUCUCGCCACACAGCCACAAAGCCGAAACCAGUAGCCUGGUCAAAGAGAGUGCUCUAGUAAUUCUUUUUGUGCAAAAGUCCCUCGACAGUUGUUGCUAACUGAGAUGGAUGGGGUCGGCUGAGGAUUCGAGCGCAGUCAAGUGACCUGAAAACGCCGCUGGUCUGAAGAAUGGCCACCCCGACGUCCGGCGAACCUCUUUCACCGGCGCAAAAUGAUGACGAGGAGAUUGCACAGAAAAGAUCCCACGGGGUAUUCAAGAGGGGCGCCUUGUGGCGUGGCAUUUACUUGCCGUCGCUCACCAACAGCUUUUGUUCGAGGCCCCUGGAGCUUGCCUACCAGAGAUACUCGCACCGCCAACGGCAGAAGGCACUCAUGAUCGUCAACUGCGUAGACCUGGCUGUUAAACUGGCCCUUCUGCUCGCCGCCCUUCUUUCAGAAAGGGAGGGGAGAAUACCGCCGACAGCUAUUGCGUGGACCACGAUUUCGAUGGCGGCCAACAUCGGUCUGUGCAUUCUGGGCGGCUGGCGUCUCUUCGCCAACCACUACCUGCAGUGGGGCGCCGUCGGCACUUGGUUAUUGCUCAACGCACAAGGGUUUCUUGGGCAAGGCUUGGGAUUUGCGCCUUCUGCCGAACUUGUAUGGUAUGUGCUGUUCAUUGAAUUUGUGACCUACGCCAUGCUGCCCUUGCCCUUGCGUUGGAGCGUUUGUGCCGCCCUCAUUACAGCAGUCGUCCACAUCAUUAUAAGCAUCCUGCCUGAGCAAACGUCAAUGGAAAGGGGAUGUGUAAUGAAGCGAGUAUUAGCAACCGUGGCCCUCUAUGCCGGGGUAAAUGCAGCCGGCUUCUACACAAAGUUCCUGACAGAUCGAGGCCAAAGGAAAGCCUUUUUAGAGACGCAUCGUUCGCUGGAGGCCAGAAUUAAAACGCAGCGAGAGACAGAGCGCCAGGAGAAGCUUCUCUUGUCAGUGCUUCCAGACUUUGUGGCCAGAGAGAUGAUAAGGGACAUCGCACGUGAGGAAAAUGACAACGGCGCCUUCACCCCUAGUCAGUUCCACAAGAUUUAUAUUCACCGCUACGAGAACGUAAGCAUCCUCUUCGCCGACAUCAAGGGUUUCACAGCCCUGGCCACUCAGUGCAGCGCGCAGGAGCUAGUCAGAGUGCUCAACGACUUGUUCGCCAGGUUUGACAAAUUAGCUUCGGAGUGCAAAUGUUUGAGAAUCAAAUUAUUGGGCGACUGCUACUACUGUGUAUCUGGGCUGCCGGAGCCGCGGUCUGAUCACGCUCAAUGCUGCGUAGAAAUGGGCCUGCACAUGAUACGCGCUAUUAGAGCCGUUCGACUGAAAACUCACGUUGACUUAAACAUGCGAAUUGGAAUUCACUCUGGGUCUGUUCUUUGCGGAGUGCUUGGACUCAGAAAAUGGCAAUUUGAUGUGUGGUCCUAUGACGUGACCCUUGCUAACCACAUGGAAAGUGGUGGCAUCCCAGGGAGGGUGCACAUUUCAAAGGCCACUUUAGCAUGUCUGAAUGGUGCUUAUGAAGUAGAACCUGGCAAUGGGGAUACUAGGGAUGCAUACUUAAAGGACCACGGUGUUGAGUCGUUUUUGAUCAAAGCCAGUGGGCCAAAAACUAGGCGACUUCUCUCAACCACCAGAGCCCGCAAUUGGCAUGAUGACAGCGGCCCCAGCAGAGCUCCUGGUUCACCAAUUAUCUGCGAGCCAAGCAGAGAAAGGGCGCCGAAAUUAACACAUAAAAGCAGCUCAGAGAGUGACGAUAAAGUUAGCACCACGGCGCAAGGAUCCAUGGACGAGGAGGCCAACAAUGAAUGGACACCAGAAAUUCCAUUUGAAAAUUUAUCUACCCCUCAACCUUUAGACGAGGAAACAACUAUGGUGGGUGGUUUGGUUGUUUUGGAGGUUGAGGACGACCCCGAAAGUUGUGAGGUCGUUGUAACUCCAGCGCCAGGAAGCUCGAUGGCGCAGGAUGUUGAUGAAUUGAUUGAUCACAGUAUUGAAGUGGACUCCAACAACAGAAUGCGCAGUGACUAUGUUGAUAGGAUCACACUUCGGUUUAGGGAUCAUGACACGGAAGCAAUGUUUUGCCAAAGGAGAGAAGAUAUGUUCAAAUCAAACAUGCUCAGUUGCUGCAUUGUUUGGAUCAGCAUAGUUUGUUGCCAGCUAAUAAUACUGCCCAGCUCCUUUGCGCUAUUCUUGGGUUUGGGCCUCACUAGCCUUGCUAUGGUGGGCGCAUUUAUCCUAGUAAUGGCUGAAGAGUUUCCUUCGCUACCAAAAAGUUUGCGCGAUUUCUCAAGUUCUCUUGCAUUGCAAAGAAAUCAAAGGACGGCCCUGGCUACAAUAAUAAUUUGCUUGAUGGCUACGGCUGCUACUGUCAGUUUGGUUGUCUCCACAGAGGAUUUAGGGUACCACGAUGGAACAGAGAGUAACACCACGAGUUCGAGCGUUGGCGCAUUCUUUUUCUCCUUCUUAUUUGGAGCUCCGCAACCACCACCCAUAAUCUGCAAAGAUUGUGUUCCGACCUGCAACGACUCUAACGCUAGACCUAAAAGGACAGCAACUCAACAGGAAGAAGUAGUGGAGGCAAAGUUGUGCCACUCGGCAGAGUUUGUAGUUUUCACAUGGGUGCUAACACUUAUUGCUCUGGCCUCUACACUGAAACUGCACUACCUGGUCAAAACCUGUCUGGCUUUUAUCUUGGUGGCAAUUUACAUAAUCACAAUCAUGGUCGGCUACCCCUCAGUUUUUUAUUUCAACCACCCACUUGAGCCAAAUUCCAGCAGUGGUUGGCUCCCCCUGUGGUCGCAAAUGCUUAUGCUGCUGCUGCUUUUCUUGGUGGCCGUCAGUUACCACGCACGGCUUGUUGAAGUGACGGCCCGCCUGGACUUCUUGUGGGCGCAGGCCGCCGGACGAGAACUGGACGAGAUGGCUGACACAAGGCGCUCAAAUGCUGCUCUACUGACCAACAUUUUACCAGGUCACGUCGCUGCUCACUUUCUGAACGAAGACGCAAGAAAGACGGACGAGCUCUACUCUCAAGCGAGAGAUUCCGUGGCCGUGAUGUUUGCAUCAAUUCCGAGUUUUACGCAUUUUUAUUCCGAGGACAUAAACAAAGGCAUGGAGUGCAUUCGUCUGCUGAAUGAAAUCAUAGUCGAUUUUGACGAGUUGUUGGACGAGCCCAGAUUUAGCUCCGUUGAAAAGAUAAAAACUGUUGGCUCAACUUAUAUGGCAGCUGCUGGCCUUAACCCAGAAGAAAAAGACAACGUCGAAAGUCCAGUAGACCCUGAGUACCCUCGGCCACCCCACGAAGCUUUGUGCGCCCUCGUCGAUUUUGCCGUCGCCAUGCAGCAGCGCCUUGACGACCUCAACAUGCAUUCUUUCAACAAUUUUAAGCUCAGAGUUGGCAUUGCUUGUGGACCGUGUGUGGGUGGCGUCAUUGGUGCCCGGAAACCGGUGUUUGACGUUUGGGGAAAUACGGUGAAUGAGGCUUCAAGAAUGGAUUCAACUGGGGUUGAGGGAAAAGUACAAGUGCCAAGAGACACGGCUGCUGAACUUGAAAGAUGUGGAUUUCGCGUGCAGCACAGAGGCAUUGUUCCUGUGAAAGGAAAAGGAGAGAUGGAGACUUAUUUUGUUCUCGGCAGAGAGGAAACGCCAAAAGCUGGGCUUGCCAGAACACCCACGGCACCAAGCAGCCUGGCUGCUGUCGUUUAUGGUCUGGUGCAGGCUAAGAGAAGACACACAAUCAAAAGACCGGGUGGUCGAGCACCAAGCAUUUUGGUGAAAGAAUCCAGCCCCGUUCAACCGAGUCCAGCCCUCAGCAAAUCGCACCUACGUCCACCAGACAUGAUUGCUCCUGAGCUGACAGCCUCAUCACACAGCAUCGCCUCGGUGCCAACUGGACGACUCUCCACGUUCAGCAGUCUAAGACUGCCCAAUUCCCAAAAGAGUCAUGGCCAGCCGAGACGAUUAGGGCCACGAGCAAGGCGAAAUACGACCCAGAGUCAUCCGAGCAAACCUGCAAGGCUGCAUUCUCCAGGGGAUGAUGUUUCCAUUGCUAUAAAUGGGCACAGUCAGCCAGAAUUGUCCAGCAGGAACAAUGAACUGUGAUAUCACUGAGAAAAGUGUACAUUGAUUAAAAUAAUUAUGAACAGUGAUCAAAAAAACUGUGCAAGACUCUCCUGCCUAACCUCUUGAAGAACAGCUGUGUAAAACUGCAUGGUCCAGAAAUUUUUAAA